AUGCAACCGUGUACGUUGUGUGAGGCGACGGUUAAGAAUUAUGUGUGUUCGUCGUGCUUGACCGAAGCAACUCGGAAGAAGAUAGAAUCCAUUAUGAAAUUACAAAAGAAGAGAGAUGAAUUGAAGAAAAAAGUUGAAGAGCAAAUAAUCACUCCCGAGAAGGAUUUGAAAUCCCGAGAACGAAAUAUUCGGAAUCAAAAACAAAGAAAUAAUACUCUCCGGGAAUAUGUAAAACAAAUACAACAGGAAAAUACUGUGCAAGAACAAAUCACGACUAAAAAGUUUGAAGAGCAUAUUGCUCGGACAAAAUUAUUUGCUGCGAGCAGAUCUGAACUUGUAGAAAUUAUGAAAACAAACAAAAUUAGACCUUCAAACGAAAUUGAAGAUCAAGAUGGUUUCAUCAGAAAUAGAAGACAAUAUUGUAGCAAUUUAUUUCAAUCUUUUCCAAUAUUUACAAAUAAGGGCAGAAUCACGACAAAAAUCUAUGAACGAUCCACCUGUAUAUUGUGCGCUCCAAAUAGUAAUGUGUUGUACUUUUUACAUAGAGAGUUUCAUUUGCCCAUUGGUGUUGUGAAUGAAGGAUUUGAUUUUAUUGAAGCAAUUUUAAAACAUGACAAUCCAGAAUAUAUUCUUAGCCAAAACAAGCUUAACCCGUUGAGUUCGUUCAAAGAAUAUUGGCCAUCACAAAAUGCACUGUCUGGAAUGCUUGGAUACAUUGUACUAAUUGUUCAACAGCUGUCAAACAUUCUUGAAAUUCCCCUUCCAUACAAAAUGGAAUACAAAGGAUCAAAAUCUAUCAUAAUGGAUAUUGUUGGGUCAGAAAUGAAAAAGAAAAGGAUUGACAGCACUGACUCUUCCAUGGUGGAUUCACCUUUUGAAUCUCCAUGUCACUAUGUUCCUGAGCCCCGAUACAAGAAAUAUGCUCUUUAUGAGAGCGAUUCAACGUUUAACACUGAGCCAAUCCAAGUUACGCCUUUCAGUUUGAGCGAUAUAUCUUCUGCAGGCUCUGGAAAAUCCCUUCUCAACUUACCUUCUGGUAAAGAAGAGGGAAACCUUCUGUCUUCACUCAAUUCUAGAGAACAAUUUGCUGAGAGCGUGCAAUUAUUGAAUGAUAACAUUGUAGCCAUUUGCCACGCUCAAGGCAUUGUGGUCUCCAAACAUAACAGUAACAACUUAUUUCACAAUUUAUUAACAUUGUACCACUAUGAGAAUAUUGGACGUUUAGGUCCCUUCUCAUUCUAUGGAUUUGCCAAACAUAGGAAUGCAAGUUCUAACGCCACCAUCACUCACUUCAAAUCAAAUAUUAUGGAAAACUACUAUUACGACCAGGCCAUGGAUAUCAUGAGAAAGAUAAUUGUAAAUCCACCUGAAGAUCUUUGCGUGCCUCAAAGGCCUGCAACUUUUAAAGAUAUGUUUGCAAACAUUAUUCAGGAAAAUUAUCUUCAUGAUGACGAUGACGACUGA